AUGUUCACUCCAUUAAAUUUAGGAAAUUCAACUUUCGUGAGUCUUGUAGGCGGAACAUAUGGUCUAUCCAUUGGUGCACCUAUUCGUGAAGUCUAUGCGUCAUCCUCCGAACGAUCACCAUUAUCCUUAGUCGUCAAGACGGACGAUGGAGAAGUGAUUGAUUGUGUUGAUAUUUAUAAACAACCCGCAUUUGAUCAUCCUUUAAUUAAUGAUUUACAGAUGAGCCCUACUUCUUAUCCUAAUGGAAUGAAAGAGGAGUCGAGAUCCGAUAUAAAAUUGUUUCAAGAUUGGCAAAAGUAUGGAGAAUGUUCAGAAGGAACAAUCCCUAUUACAAGAAUUACAAGUCCAAGCAACCAUACCAAAUAUCCAUCGCCUUUUAUAAAUCAAGAUCAAAGUAGUCUUAUUAGAAGGUCUCCAACUAAUGGUCAUGAGUAUGCAAUGAUUUCUGAUGAAGGCACCAAUUACUAUGGAGCAAGUGCAUGGCUUAAUGUAUGGAGCCCUAAUGUUGAGUACGGCGAAUUAAGUGCGGGUAAAAUGAAGCUUAUUUCAGCAACAUUAACCGAUUUUUAUAACAGUUAUAAUAGCAUUGAAGUUGGAUGGAUGGUUUAUCCAUCAAGAUACAAUAACAGCACAAAACCAAAAUUCUACGGAUAUUGGACGAGUGAUGGAGAUCAAAGGACAGGAUGUUAUGAUCUUGAUUGUAAUGGCUUUGUUCAAACAAAUGGAGAUGUUGCUUUUGGUGCUACAAUAGAACCUGUUUCCACUUAUAAUGGAGAUCAAUAUGAGAUGUUUUUUACCAUUUUUAAGGACAAAAUAACAGGAAAUUGGUGGCUUCAAUUCAAUGGGAACAAUAUCGGUUAUUGGCCUAAUACUCUCUUUAAACGCCUUGCUAACAAUGCGACUAUAGUAAAUUGGGGAGGAGAGAUUUUGAAUGUUAGACAUGCCGGACAUCACACAACUACUCAAAUGGGAAGCGGUCAUUUUUCAUCGGAAAGCUAUAGAAAAGCAGCUUAUAUAUCCCGAAUGAAAGUAUUUAAUUCCAACUAUGAUCGAAAAGAUCCGGGAUACCUAGUAAAGAUCCAGAGUAACCAAGGAUGCUACGACGUAAACAUCGAUCAAAGAAUAGCUGGUAAAGGGAUAUCUUAUGGAGGUCCAGGAUUUAGUUCGACAUGCUCUUAA